UCCCCGCCCUCAGCCGCCGCGGCGACGCCGGCCCUCUUUGUACCGCUGGCCGGUCAGCACGCCGUUUGCCGCCUCGCUUCUCCGCUGCGCUGCCCGCCCGGCUUCGACCGCGGCCGGGAGCCGCCUCUGGGUGGAGGCGCGGGUCGGCCCUCCCCUGCCCGUGUUCUGCUGCGGGGCUUCCCCGUUUCCUGCCCCGCCGGUCCCAGGGCUUGCUGGCCCUGCCCCUGUGCCGCCCGUUCGGCUAGCUGUCCUUCCGCGCGGUGCUCGCGUUCCCGAGCCGCCGGCUGCGUCCUCCCCGGCGGCGGGCAUGGCGCCGUUGACCGCGCCCGUACGCGUCUGAGGCGGCGGGGGUGGCGAGGACGAGGCGAGAUGAGGCGCCUGCAGCCCGGAGCCGCGUUGCUGCUGUCGCUGCUAUGGGAGGAAUUGUGUCCUCAUAUGUCAGGAAUGAUGAGGCAGAGCCAGUGCUUCCAAAGGAAAGAUGGCUGGAAUGAGGACCCACAGCUGAUUCAUGGUGUCACGCUUGUCUCUGUCAGCUGGGCUCCUAGUCUGAAACCUUUUAAUCUGAAGAUGGGAACUGGUGCCUCACAGAGGAGAAAUGCAGCUAGUUGGCAGCACCACACAUCUGUUAUGUGUACAGAGGCCAAAAAGCAUUGCUGGUACUUUGAAGGGUUAUAUCCUACCUAUUAUAUAUGUCGCUCCUAUGAGGACUGCUGUGGUUCGAGAUGCUGUGUAAGAGCCCUCUCUAUCCAGCGACUAUGGUAUUUUUGGUUCCUUUUGAUGAUGGGAGUUUUGUUCUGUUGUGGAGCUGGUUUCUUUAUCCGAAGACGGAUGUACCCUCCUCCACUUGUAGAAGAACCUACUUUUAAUGUGUCUUACACCAGACAACCAGUCAACACUGCAUCAGGGUCACAGCAACCUGGAGUGCCAUAUUACACAGACCCAGGCGGACCUGUGAUGAAUCCCAUGGCGAUGGCUUUCCAUGUCCAGCCCAAUUCCCCCCAAGGAAACCCGGUUUACCCUCCUCCACCUUCCUACUGCAACACACCACCUCCUCCAUAUGAGCAGGUGGUGAAAUCCUCCACAUGAGGACUUUGUGGCUCUGACCUGACUCUGGGAGAAGAAGGUGCCAUUGCAAAACAACCAGGAUGGUGGGCAUCUGCCCCUUUGAACAUUUGCUAGCUUUCCAUGUCCUCUCUCCCUUCCUAUCUUGCACCUUUCCUCAUUAAAUUUCCUUGCAAAGGGGUGAUUUUUUUGCAGUAGAAGUGGAUUUUUUCUUUGUCUUUAAAAUGAAAUAAGUUGUCUUUGUAAUGCUUUUAAUGGAAAUCUAUAUUUAAAACCUGUA